AAAAUUUAAAAAUUCUAAUAACUAUUAUUAAUUAAUUUAUAUUUUGAUAUUUUAUAUUUAAAAUUAAUAAAUCUAAUAAAUCUUAUUAAUCCGAGGAAUCCGCCUAGCGGCGCCUAAUUCCCGCCUAGGUGGCCUAGGCGCUAGGCGCUGGUCUAGCGCCCGAUUAGCGCCUAGCGAAUUUUAGAACCUUGAGUAAGUUCAAUUUCUGUAUCAUGGCCAAAUUUAUUAUCCACUGUUUUAGGGUAUGCUGUCACACGUUUUAUUUCAGAUGCAGACAGCAUGCCUUCUCAAGCUCAAUCAUAUUGGUUAGGAUUGUCCAGCCCUGCUGAUUGUGCUGUGAGCAAUGCGAUGCUGAAUGAGCAAGAAGAGUUGAUAAUUGAUGAAGGCACAUUCAAUGCAUCUGCCACUUACUCACAGGGGCUUUUGACGACACUAACUCAAGCACUGCAAAAUUCUGGUGUCGAUAUUUCCCAAGCCAAUAUCUCUGUGCAAAUUAAUCUCGGCAAGCGAGCAUCUAACAGACGACCUGUUGCUGCUGUUUCAUUAUCUGAAUUCAGGGAUCCUGAUGAAUCCACAUCAUUAAUUAACCAAGCUGUUCAUCAAUCUAUGAUGGUAGACAUCAGUGAGGAAUCAUCACAAGCAUCUAGGAGACAAAAAACAGAUAACAACUAAUGCUUCUAUCUCUUCCUACAUCGCUAUAUCGAAUAACCAUUACCAUCAUUGUAUAUUCUGAUCAUGAAGGAAUGCUUCCAUGCCUGUGAAGUUUGCCAAUUUUUCUUGAACUGUUGUUGCAUGUGAGAUUUUUGUGUUCUCAAACUUUCGUCACAUUUACUGCCUGGAUGAUUUACUCUA